UGACGUUAAUGUUUGAAGGAGGUGAUACACAGCGACAAGCAGAAAUGGAAACUUAGACAGAAUCAUUGCCUCUAAUGAUGGAGGUGGUUCAGUGUGUCCGUGAAAAUUUCACCAAAACAACCAGGAAGAAGGCUCAGCUUCCGCUGGUUCAGCUGGUUGAGGAUGCCAGGGCCACAGAUGUCCCUCAUCAUCUUCUUGCAACCAAGAGCUUUUCAACACUGAAAAGCAACAACCAAAUUCAAGCAGAGCCAUCAGAGAUACAUUUCAAUGGAUUUGAAGUGGGGCAGAAUUACAAGCAAGUGUUGAAACUCAUCAACAUAUCUUCAGAUGUCAUGGACAUCCAUAUUAUUCCAACUCAAACAAAGUACUUUCAGACAGCAUACUCUAAAAAGGAUCGCUUGGUUCCAGGACUUUGCUACACAUUAAAACUGAGCUUCUUCCCUGAUGAGUGGCGGUAUUUCUAUGAUUGCAUACGCAUUCACUGCAAGAGUGAAGAAAAUUUACUGAUUCCCAUCCAUGCUUACCCCGUGAUUGAUGAUCUGGAUAUCCCAUCACAUGUCAGCCUACCUGCCGUCUCUCUGGGACAAAGUGUGUCUUAUGAGAUCCCCCUGAGCUGCAGCUGCCCUGUGGACUUUGAGUUUGAGGUGUUCUGCCUUGAGUCCAGCGAGGCUUUCUCCAUACAGCCACUUUCAGGCGUCAUCCCAGCCAGAGAUGCAUCAGCGGUGGUGGUGACGUACGCGCCUCUCCAGCACGGCUCGGCCCAGGUCACCAUUCAGCUGGUCAUCUCGCAGUUCAACUCCAGGCCAUACGUGUGCACCCUCAGUGGCCGCUGCCUGCCCAAACUGCCACCCAGUGAACAGAUGAAGCAUGACAGAGGGCAGACAACUGGUACGAAAGGCUCCAUGUUAUCCUUACCCACCACCACGAGGCCAAAACUUCGCGCAGCCCCAAUCCAGCUUAAAAACAAGGAGCAGAAGAAGCCGGAGCCUCCUCCGUGUCAAAAGGCCGUGAUAGACGUGAGGACUCCUGCUGGGGCUGCCAAACUGCUCAUGAAGCAUCAGGACAGACUCAGCAUCACCCAGCUUAAAGAAGCGAUGUCCCACACGAGAGUGGCGCACAGGAGCAGGCAGGUGAAAGAGGCCCUCUUUGAGAAGCAGGUGAAGCAGGACGUCCAAGAGGAGAGAGCCAAUCGCCUCCGAUGGCAAGUUCACCUGGGCAAAGACCCUCUCUCCACAGAGGCCAGGGUGAAGAUCCUGGAGCAGAGGACCUCUUCCCAUCACGAAUACAGGAUCAAGAAUGGAGAGUUGACGGACCCGGAUGACUUCACCAAGACUCAGACCAACCUCUCAACAAGGCGGGUGGUCCGCAACGCAGGCCAGGUGCCAGACUGUGUUCCCAAUUUCCAAAUCUUCUUUGGAAGCCAUCUUGAGAUCAGGCACCGGGCACUCAGGACCUUCCAGCAGGCAGCUCGAAAGAUUGCCCUGCGUUGUCGCAUGAACAGACGCCUUGCCCUUCUCAGGCAGUCAUCAGGGAAUGAAGACAAUUUGCUCAUAGCAACCGACAAUCUGAAUGAGGUGGAGGAUGAACCUGGUUCAGAAGAGAAGGUGACAUCAGACGGUCAUGUGGACCAGCCAGCAGAACAGCUGGAGACCACAGAUGAGCAGGGUGUAUGUGGACCACUUUCUGAAGAACUUUCAGGAGCUGAUGUGUCAACAAAAGACCUUUCUGGUGGACCUAAGGAAGAUGUCGGGUCCCGCUCGCCCAUGUGCCCCGCCCCCGGCCCCGCCCCAUGUCCUCCAGAGCCUAACUCUGAGGAGGAGAAGGAGAAGGAGAGGAAGGCCCGCGAGGAGAAGAAGAGGAGGAGGAGAGAGGAGAGGAAGAGACGCCAGCAGAGGAGAGAGUGGAGGAAGAAGAGGGAGGAGGAGGAGCGAGAGGAGAAGGCUGAGAAGGAGAUGGAGCAGGCGGUGGCUGAGAUAGUCCAUCUGUCCUUCAGGGCGCCCGGUGCUCUUGCCAAGCCGCCACCUGCGCAUCCACUCAGGAUAUUUAACCCGUGCCCUGGUCUGCACGCGUACAGGCCAAACCUCAGCUACAUGGAGUGCGAUCUGGAGUACCACCUCUGCCCCCUCCCCAAGUACACGGUGACCAAGAGCGACAUCGCCGGAGUCCACACAGUGGGAACGCAGAAGAGGUUUCUGGACAGAGCGACUAUCAUUGGCGGGGUGAUGACCUGGAACAAGUUGUCCAACACGGCCCUGUCCAUCCUGACCAGCAGCCAAACCCUCACCACCAGCUGGGCCCCGCACAUGUCCGAUGCCUUGAACCCUGUGCUGUUACCGGAGGCCCCGCCCCCUCUGCGUGACCUACCUCAUGACAUGAGGCAGGAGGUCCAGCACAGACAGUAA